AUGCCGCUACACUUACUCGACCUCCCGCCCGAACUACUGGAGCUUGCCGCAAGCAACCUGGACUGGGACCGCAAUGUCUAUCUCACACCACUACGAGAAUGGCGAAACGACCUCAAGAGUCUCAGUCUGACCUGUCGCCAACUGCGCCAGGUCGCUACACCCAUCAUGUACAGACACGUCCAGCUGGACCUUCGGCUCGACUCAAGCAAUUCCUCAAUUGCGCAAGUACACCGUCAACGUAUCGAUACCAUCAGCCACGCCAUGGUCGACUCCACUGAGUACGCCGAGAUCAUCAACGAGAGCCCCACAGGGUUUCGCGCACAUGCUCUUGCGCUUUCUCGCAAACUACUCAGAGAUGUUGAAGGCUGGGAAGACACCGUUCCAAACAGUCUCGGCGAGUCAACUGAAGACUGGUACGGACUUCUUAAGCCUGCCGGUUUUCAGCUACCUCUACCGACGACUACCGCUACUGCAAUCGCAACAACUGGUGUAACCGCGCUAAACAGGGGGACGACACCAGCACGAUCGCAAUGGGAGCGCAACAAGCGACACCGCAACUUACGAUUCCAACUGGAUGCCCUGACUGUGAUUUUCCUAUGCCUGCCGCCGACGGCCAAGUCGAUUGUGUUUGACUCAGCCCCAGCCCACCACGGAGGCGCUACGCAGAACCAGUUCGCCACGCACGUGCUUGCAGCUGCAAUGGACAUCUUCGGCAGCAGACUUCAGUCACUGACUACAAUCACUUCCGACUUCGACGGAACCGACAACUGGAAGACUAUGCUGCGGCCAGACAUAUGUGGCAAAGUCCAAGCGCUCAAGUCUCUUAAAAUCGACACGAACGGCAAGGAUCGCUUAAUGAUAAAACAGGCCACGUUUCUCGAAGACCUGCACGGCUGGCAUGCCCUUUCUGACACUCUCACCCAUCUCGCUCUGUGGCACAUCGCCGGCGAACCUUACCGGCUUGUGGGACUACUCAAGGGUUUCGUCCACGCCAAGUCCCUCUACCUCAACGGAAUCAAGCUAAACCCCGAUCUCAACGCUCGGGAAAGCAAUCUCGUGGCCUGGCCCGCCUUCCUGAUCAACGUCCGCCGUCAAAUGCCAACUCUCGCAAUCGAGCUGCGCAACGUGCAAGACUGCGAGGGCAAAGCACUCACGGACAGCGCCAUCGCAUGGCUGCUCAAGGGAGCAGUCCCAGUCGGCUGCGAAAUCAGCCCACUGCGAGAAGGGAAGCUACUAGAGGAUUUCCAAGACUUCCUUCUACUCUGGACCGUUGACGACGGCAAGCGAGGAGCUCAGGCGCGGAAAGAGUGGGAUGAAAGUAAGUUGGUGGAUAUGGCCUUGGCGAACCGUUGGAGGGGCCAGAGUCCGGAAGUCGAGUUCUUGACGGAUUUGUGGGAUGAUUGA